AUGGCCCAUGCCUAUCGAAAGGCGGCCUUGAAGUGGCACCCUGACAAAGUCUCGGCGGAGCAGAAGGAGGAGGCGGAGCAGCGCUUCAUCGAGAUCUCCUGGGCCUAUGAGGUGCUGUCGGACCCCCAACGGCGCCAGGCCUAUGCCCACGGGAAGCCCUCGCCGGAAGGUGCCCAUGCAGAACCUGGCAAGCGAGACUUCGACAUGGAGAGGGCUGCGAAGGUGUUCAAGGACGUCUUCGGGGAGUCGGCGUUGUACCAGGAUCUCAUUGAGCACCUGGCUAGGUCCUCCCAGACCGGCUCCAAGGAGCAGUGGAGAAAACACGCAGAGGCCAUCCGCGCCAAGGUGAAGCGAGGCGCCAGCUUUGACGUGGAAACGUCCUCGGAGGAUGGGAGGGAGAAGAUUGUGACCAGCCACUCCACCGAGGAUGACGGCCGGGGCACUACCCGCAAGUCGGUCAAAACGGUGCACACCCAGACAUCGACACAUCAGUCGCCAGACGCUCUGCACGCGGCACAUCUCCCGCAUGCGCUGGACCCCCACAAGGCGCACCAGGCCGCCCUGGAUGCCCACAAAGCGGCACUGGAGGCUCACAAAGCCGCCCAUGAGGCAGCGGUUGCAGCGCAUCGCGCGGCCCUGCCCCGAACUGAACUGUGA